AUGGCAGCAGCAAUCAUCAUCAUGAGUAGCAGCUCAGACAGUGAAUGGGCACACCCAUACUACAGAAGUAAACAUUUGAUAUGCUGUGUUUACUACUUUGCAGGUUCUUACUGUAACCGUACCUGGGAUGGAUGGCUGUGCUGGGAUGACUCUUCAGCCAAAUCGAUGUCUGCACAGCAUUGCCCUGAUUACUAUCAGGUCUUUGAUCCUGCAGAAAAGGCAACCAAGAUCUGUACUGAAAAUGGAAAGUGGUAUCGACACCCUUCAAGCAAUCGAAUAUGGACCAACUACACCCAGUGUACAGCCCAAACCAUGGGCAAGGUCAAGACAGUAUGGAACCUCUAUUAUUCGGCUAUUACAGGUCAUGUGAUUUCUAUCGUGUGCUUACUGCUUGCCUUGUCUAUAUUCUACUACUUCAAGAGUCUCAGCUGCCAGAGGAUCUCACUGCACAAAAACCUCUUCGUAUCGUACAUCCUCAACUCCAUCGUCAGCAUCAUUUGGCUGAAGGUUGUGGCCAAUAACCAGGAUUUGGUAUCUAGGAACCCUGUUGACUGCAAGGUGUUAAACUUCAUUCACUUGUACUUGACGAGCUGCACUUACUUCUGGAUGCUUUGUGAGGGAAUCUACCUCCAUACUCUCAUCAUCGUGGCUGUGUUUGUGGAACAGCAACAAUUAUUCUGGUACUACAUACUUGGAUGGGGGUUCCCAUUGAUUCCAGCCAUUAUACACGCAGCUGCCAGAAGCAAAUAUUUCAACGACAAUUGCUGGAUCAGUUCAGGCACUCAUCUCCUGUACAUCAUUCAUGGUCCAAUAUGUGCUGCCUUAUUGGUCAACCUGUUUUUUCUACUCAACAUUGUUCGAGUUCUUAUCACAAAGCUGAGGGUUACCCACCAGGCGCAGUCAAAAGCCUACAUGAAGGUUGUGCGAGCCACAUUGAUUCUGGUGCCAUUGCUUGGCAUUCAGUAUGUUCUGGUUCCAUCAAAACCCAAAGGGCACAUUACUGGAGAGAUUUAUGAACAUGUGAUGCACAUCUGUAUACAUUAUCAGGGUAUACUGGUGACAACGAUAUUCUGCUUUUAUAAUGGAGAGGUGCAAAGUGCAUUUAAAAGGCAGUGGUCACAGUACAAGGUCCAGUGCAGCCACCAAUUAACAAGCACAGAUGUCUUCCACUCUAACGCAACAUCUGUGGCAGAGAUCACAAGAUACAUGCUCACACAGCCCACGAAUACAAACCACAUCAACAGCAAAAGCUGCCCUGAGACCGUUGCAGUGAAAGUGCCAAGCAUCCACAUGUGAGGGACAAUCAAGACCACCACCACGCCUUUCAGGCUUUCUUCAAUAUCUUCGCAAUAUAGAGACAAAAAGGCUUUCCUUUACAUACAGCAUGAUCCUAUGUCUUAGGAAUCUUUCAGUGCUCUAAUUUACAAGGAAUUUGUUGGAGGUCCAAUUCUUGUUAUGUAUCACAUUUAUGUAUAUGUUGAUGUUUCUGUAACCCAGUGACUCACUGUGACUUGUUAUGCUACUUGUGAGAUUUUCUGAACAGUUCAAUAGGCCAGUCAUGAAAAAUGGUCCAGGAAGAAAGGCCUCAAGAUUUCCAUUCUGAAAAUUCAGAAGUCACAGAACUAUUUUGACACCACUUUUAACAUAGAGUGAGGCACUGCUGGAUACUCUAUGACACCUGGGUGAACUUGUGACAAAAAUCAGUUUUGGGGCAGCAUGGUGGCUCAGGUGGUUAGCACUGCUGUGUCACAGCACCAGGGACACAGGUUUGAUCCCAGCCUAGGGUGACU